AUAUCUAACAAGACCAAAAAAUGCCACUGAAUGUGUCAAGAUUCAAGAAAAUCCCAGAACUCGUCAAGAUUUUGUCAUUGCUGGGAUCUUUGACACUACUCAUCUACCUUGGAACCAUCAAGUUCCGACCACCAGGAAUGUCAGUAAUUUGGUUCACAAUUGGAUGCUCCAUCGUCUUCGAUAUUUGCACAAUUGCAGUACUUCUCAAGGAGUACGAUAUCUCAAUAAUGGCGAUUCGAAUGCUACCGUAUGCAGCAAUUGAAUGUAUUGGAUCGAUUCUUGCAAUUAUUUGCUAUGUUAUCUCCAUGGCAAUAUCGAUUAGUAGUGAAGAAGUGACUGAUGAUUUCGGAUUUUUGGUGGUCGCAAUUUUUUGUUUUAUUAUUGCACUCAUCCACGUGUUCAAUCUGGUUGUAAAUGUUCGAAGAUGGAAUAAUGGAUCACAUCAUUUGAAUCCGGCUGGAGUCUACGAAUAUUCAAAUUAUGGAUCUGAAGCUUAACCUAUUCUUAAAUACCUAAAUACCUUCUCUUGUCACAUUUCUACAAAAACUUCGACUUUGAAAUUUAAGAUUUUAAUAUCUCACAAAACAAUGGAUUCAAAAUUAAAUAAAAAAUUAAAAUC